AAAUAGUCAGUGUUCGAAAAAAAUAAAACAAAACACAUUUUUUUGUUUGUUUUUUGGUGUUUUUGAUACAUUAGGUCAGUGACCAGUUUAAGUAAAAAGUUUAUUAGAAUAAUUAAUUAUGUCUGUGAUAAAAACUUUGCAAAUUAGUUUAAAAUAUGUUGUACUUACUAUAGCUGUUAUUAUUGGAGCAGUGUAUUAUCAACACAUAAUUACAAAAAGUUCAAACAAUAUAGAUGUUCUGAAGAAGAGAGUAUUCAGUUUAUCAGAUCUAUCAACGUAUGAUGGAGUACAGCAAGAGAAACUGUAUUUGGCUGUCCUUGGAAACGUAUUCGAUGUCACUGUAGGUAGCCAACAUUAUAGGAAAGGGUCCUCAUAUCACUAUUUCGUUGGUAAGGAUGGUACUAGAGCCCUUGUCACAGGUAAUUUUAAAGAUGAAAGCAAUGAAAAGGACCAUGUACUACAACUCUCUUGCAAUGAAAUCCUGACUAUAUUAGAUUGGAGAAAGACCUAUAAAGAAAAAUAUACAUAUGUUGGCGUAUUAGCUGGUAGAUAUUAUGAUGAGAAAGGUGCUGACACCUCAUAUAUGACUGAGCUGAAACAGAAAGUUGCAGUGUGUAGAUCUGAGAAGAAGGCGGCCAAAUUGCAAGAUCAAUUGUUUCCUCCAUGCAACAUGGCAUGGAGUGAGGAGGAUGGAUCUAAAGUAUGGUGUACUAAAUCAAGUGGGGGCAUAGUGAGAGACUGGGUGGGGGUGCCACGGCAAAUGUUUACACCAGGGCAAGAUAAACCUCUUUGUGUUUGUGCGAGUCUCGAUAAAAUUAACUCAAGCCAGCUGAAAGAGUACAAGCAUUGUUCAAAGACAGCUAGUGAGUGUUUCGUCAAAGAUAAUAAUAAUUAAAUCAAUUAAUGAUUCUAUUAGACAAAGUAUUAUAUCUUUUAUAACACAUUUGCUAGUAAAGUAUUGCUUAUUUCACCAAUUCCAAUAUCGUAAUGUAUCUCAUUAUGCACAUGUGCCUUAUUGUAAUGUAAAACUUUUAUCAUCCAUCCAAAACUAAUGGUACUUUUAAAAAUCUUGGCAAAGAGCUUUUAUGCCAAAAAAGUGCUCAACUUUUAUGAAUAAAAUUUACUUUGUGAGAUAAUAAAAAAAUCUUUUAAAUUUUAAUAAUUUUGACAAUAAAUAAAUAUACUAAUACUGGCUAUUUCUGAUUCAUUUCUCAAAAAAAAAACAGACGCUGGUGUGCGCAUUUCGUUAUCUGUGCAAAAAUUACAAGCGUAUCAAAAAAAUUUAAUUGCAAAUAAAUAUAUAAAUAAGGAAAACAGGCAAAGAUAAAGGGCGAUGUAAAGUAGACUCGUUCAUCGUACGUAUCUAGUAAAAAUAAAUAAUUAAAAUUGUUUUUACCGUGAUAUUUUUAGUUAAGUAUAAUCUAAAUAAAUUAAUAAGAAAAGAAAAAAAGAAAAGCCCUCAAUAAAAUAAAAUAAAAAUAAAAAAAGAUGCAAAUUCAUUUUUGAUUUGCAUCUUUGCUUGUUUCCUCGCAAUUGUGUUAUAAAACGUCGUAUAACAUAUGUGCGUAUAUGUUUUUUUUCUAUAACAUAUGUUUUUUUUACUAUAAGAUUUUUUAUUGUUGGGAAUGUUUAAAACUGUAGUUGAAACAAUAAUUUAAGUACCUGCUUAAGUUGAUUUUUAAAAAUCGUGAUAUUAUAAUUUACCUCAUUUCAGAUAAAUAAAGAUAUAUUUAAUUUAUUAAU